AUGUCUCCGAUGGGAGACAUCAGCUACCCCGCCUGGGUGCACAUGCCUCCGAUCGGAGACAUUGGAACAGUCACAACAAAACAAACUCAUCACUUCAUUAUGAGUGUCAAGCUUUUAUUGUGUGGUCUAUUGUACAUUUGUUUUCAAGACACAGCCGAUGGGAUUCCAAUACAUAUUGCAGAAAAUGACGAGGAUAUUCUUUUAAGCAGAAACACAGUGAACAUUGAAAAUCAAGAAGAAUACUCUAACACCACAACGAUAAGGAGUGUUGUGUUCGAUAAACCGCUGGAAAUAAAUUAUGCAAGUGAAAAAAGGACAUUUACAAGUUUGUCCAGAAGUUAUCCUGAAGAGGAAAUGAAUGAACUUGACGGCCUGAUUUUACCAAUCAGGUUACGGAAAAGAGAUACAGAAAAAGAGUCAUUACUUGAUCAGAUUGGUGAGAAAGGUGUUGAUGAAAAUGCAAAUAAAGAAGCGAGGGCUUCGAUACCAUUUUUACCAAAGCAGGAAUCAGAAGGCCAAAGUGGAAGUGGAGGAGGUUUGAUUCCAGGACUUCCUUCUAUGCCUGGACUUCCAGAUGCUUCCAACACUCCAGUGGCUGUUAUGGGCGGGUUCCAGAUGAUUCUCAUGCCAAUGCCGGGACUUACCAUGUCCAAUAUAGGGAGUGCCAUGCAAGCUGGUCAACAGCUAUCCCAGAUGGUCCCUGGUAUGCCUUCUAUCCCGGGCUGA